AUGCAUUCUGUACCCCUCUUCAUCAUCCAGCGAUUUACGGCGCUCGAAUGCUUUCUUUCGACGUCGACGUCCAUACAUGUAACAUCCGUCAUAGAGAUGACUUUCCACGUGGCAAGGCCUGAUCGCGCUUCGCCUGGGAGGCAGCAAGCCGUACAUGUCCUCCACACUGUCAAACACGCCAGCACCAUGAGUGCGAUUACUGAGCUAGAAGAUUCCCUGGAUAUGCUGCUGAAAGUGAUGGCAUCCGCCAUUGCUUACCUAUCCCGAAAAGCUGCACACACACAAGUGAAUCCCACCGUGCCUUUGACGACGCUCGGAAACACUGAUGCGCCUUCUUUCGAAGCUCUGCAAGGCACGCGUGCCGAACUUGUGCAAGACAUUGUGUCACAGGCACAAGACGUGCAGCUCCGUAUUUCUCAUCUUCCCACAACCAUGCUUUCUGAAGACGAGCACGCAUGCGAGAUCCGCGCACUCGAGACCGAGCUGCAGGAAGCAAAUCGCGAAUAUAUUCAGUCGCUUGAUGAAGCUCGAGCACUAUCUUCGAAGCUAGAUGCCCUACUUGACCGCCUCACCGAGGAGCGCCAUGCGGCGCGAGAGCUUCUCAGUCAUGAUGUCUGA